GGAAGGUCAACACUGCAGUGGUUAUGUAAAUUGUGUAUUCAAGGCUUGUAUUUUGUUCUAGUUUACAUCAUCCCCUUACGCCUGCUACUUUAUUGCACAAAGUACUUUAGGUGGAGGAGGCUUAUCCUGUUUUUUCUUUUCUUUUCUGGAAACGGAUUAGGAGAAAAGGGCGUUUCUGAACUCACACUGUACUCUCUCAUAAGUGCUCAAAUGCUCUUGGGGCUGACGACUUGUCAUUUUCUCUAAUUGUUGUUUAGAUUUCAAUUAAGGGCUAUUUUUAAAAACAUCAAAAAUACCUUUUCAUGUUCUUGAUGAUUUUGUUUUGACCAGAAAUUUGGGCCGGCUGAGCUUCCGUGUCCGCCAUGGGCCGAAAGUUGGACCUGUCGGGCCUGAGCGCCAACGAGGCCGAGCACGUGCUACAGGUGGUGCAGCGCGACAUGAGGCUGCGCAAGAAAGAGGAGGAGCGCCUCAGCGAGUUAAAGCAGGCGCUGGACGAGGAGGGCAGUCGCUGCCUCCUGUUGUCACGGCAACGUUGCUUCAACCAGCGCUGCUGCAUCCGCUGCUGCGCGCCCUUCAGCUUCCUGCUCAACCCCAAGCGCCGCUGUCAGGACUGCCUGUACAGCGUGUGCAAGGCCUGCAGACUCUACGACAAACGCCACAAAGCCUGGCUCUGCUCCGCCUGUCAGAAGAGCAGGCUGUUGAAGAAGCAAUCGCUGGAGUGGUUCUACGCCCACGUCAAGGUGCGCUUUAAGAGGUUCGGCAGCGCCAAAGUGCUGAAGACAAUUUACAGGAGACACCUGGCAGAGCACAGCGUGCUUUCUGAGCUCACAGAGGGCAGCACCUACGAGGACAGCAUCUGCAAUGAAGGGAGCGUCUGUGGCAGCGACGCCACUUUCUACAGACAAACUGAAGAGCACAGCAUGGCCGAGUCACUCACCGUGGCUCUUCGGGUGGCAGAGGAGGCCAUAGAUGAGGCCAUUUGCAACGCUGAGUUUGACACUGCCACUCAGGAGAAUCAGAAUGAAGCUCACUACCUGCGUGAGCACAGGGCAGAACUCAUCGAGGAACUGGCCAAGACCAUCAUGCAGAAAAUCAUCUCCGGGAGGAAGACUUUGGCUGACACGAGGGACAAGUGCGAGCUUGAGCGCGACCCCGACCCCGACCUCCAUCACCAUGGCGACCAGGCUGGCAGCACCUUCAAACACCUCAAAGGCCUCUGGAGGUCCCAGUCCGCCUUCUCACUGGUGGAUGACAACCUCCCAGCAGGUCUGGUCCAAGAUGCUCUUCAGGCGUUACAUAAGGAAGAAGACAGCGCAGCUGGGACUACUUGGACAAGUGUCGAACGUUUGGAAAACUCUGGUGCUUCCUCAAUGCUGAAGAGCCCAGAUGGGAACUGGAUUGCCUUGCAGAGUUCCCAAUUGUCACGUCCCAGCCUGCUGGCCAAGAGGAAGAGUCUGGUCUACAGUGCCCUGGAGAGGGAGUCUGGGGCCGUGUCUGCAUACGAGGGCAUGGACUCCGACAACGAAGCCCGACCUGAGCCGGACACCUCCUGGGGCGCCAUCCUGCAGGAGUUCCAAAGGAAGAUGACGGGCUCCAAAGUCAGGCGUCCAGCCCACAACAGAGCUCGUUCGGAUUCCGAGAGGAGUAAGAAGUCCCCGCUGGAUACUUUUAACAAGCCAGGAGCCGCUGAGCCGAAGCGACCGCCAUCGUCCCGCAGGACCAGCAUCAUGGAUGUCAACUUCAACGUAAAGACGGAGGAGGGCAUCACCAGAAGUGAGGCUGCGGUGGGAAAAGUGAAGAGAGCGCGGAAGAAGAGGAGAAGUAAAAGAAGGGCCACUCUUUCUGGACCUCCACUAGAUUUCAACAGGAAGGACGGCCAGUCUGGUUCCCCCUCUGAUGCCGAGACUCCUGACCCUCUGACGCCCGACGCCACAACUCCCAGUCUGUUACGCCAGGAUAGCGACGCCUCCGAACACCAAAGCGAUCAAGUCAAUCCAGAGUCCAGUCAAGAGUCCAUGUCGGACUCGUCGCUCAGAGACGAAGCAAACGAUGAUGACGACGCAGAGGAGGUGGGAAUGGGAAGCGAAGAUGAUGAUGAUGAAGAUGAGAGGACGGCAGUGGACUUGGCUGUAGACAGAGAAGAUGAAGAGGAGGUCAAAGCCAGGUUAUACAAGCUGGUAGCACAAUCCAGACUAGCGUACUUCUCGUCCACUGAUGAUGAGCUGGACAGAGCGGGGAGAAGUGAGGAAGACGGAGGGUGCGAUGAAGAGGAUAAGACGGAAAGACUCUCCCACAAACUCUGUCAGCUGGAGGAGGAGGUCCGGGCUGCCAUGUUGUCCUCCACGGAGGACGAGCUGGACAGAGUAACGGAUGGAGAGAAGAACGAAGAGGAGGAGGAAGAGGAGCUGGCGGUCAAAGUGUGCAGGUUGGCCACGCAAGUUGGCGCCACACAGUUUUCAUCCACCGAGGACGAACUGGACCGGGAGGAAGUGAUGCACGAGGAGACGCUGUGGAGGCUGCAGGAGGACAAGGCGGCACCGGCGGCGCAGGUACGCCACCUGGCCAGUCUGGUCAGCGCCUCCCAGUUCUCCUCCACCGAGGACGAGCUGGAUCGAGUCUGUGAGGACGAAGCGGAGAUCGACCAGGGAGGAAGUGGACAGUCGAGUCUAAGUGAGGAACUCUCUGAGGACGCGGUGGGAGAACGUCGGGAAAGUUUGGAAUCCAUGGGAGACGUGGAGGUGGACAUGUUUGCUUUAAGCCAACAAAAUGAGGGAAUGAGAGAGAACCUUCUAGAUUCUACGGACCAGUACGGUGAAGUAAACGUAGAGGAAUCUAAUGGCAGGAUGUCUAUGGACAUCCUUCUUGUAUCAGACAGGGACAAGAGAACCUCAAAGGAGACAAUAAUCAGACAAGAAUAUCAGCCAGAGGUGAAGAUGUCCGACCAAAGAGAAGAAAGACAAGAGGAAGAACAGGACAUUCUUGGAGGAGGGGAAGGAGACCUUCUUGGGACACAGUUGGAGACCGCCUCAGUCAGUGAGGACGAAGACGUCGAGUUUGACAGAGUCAUUAGCAGCAUGUUGACGAUGACGCUGGAGGAAAUGCAGAAGGACAUCAAACUAGACCAGAGGAGAGAGGGCACAGAGACCGACGAGGAGACGAAUGAGGAGCUGGAAAGGAAAAAGGACACAAAGACAGACAACAAGAGCAAAUAUGAUACAAAGACAGAGGAAGAGAGAAAAGAAAACGCAAACACAGACGUGAAGACAAAGGAGGACUUUAAGACGGACGGCGAGUGGAAAGAAGACACAAGGACGGACAAAAGUAGAAAUGAGUUUCCAGUAGCGGAGCAGGACAACAACAAAGUUGCAAAGACAGAGGAGAUGAAAGACGAGGAGAAGGAGGACUCAAAGACAAACACAAACAUUACAGAAGAACCAAAGACUGACAAUGAGAUGAACCAAGGAGAGAAUACAGACGCUGAGAAGGAAGAUGAUUCAAAGACCGGCGAGGAGGCGAAAGAGCACGAGAAGACCGACAAAGACAAGGACCAGGAUGCAAAGAUGGACAAGGAGAGGAAAGGAAAUUCCAAGACUGACAAGGACAGCAACAAGGAUCAGAAGGCAGACGAGGAAAAGAAAGAGGACACAAAGACAAGCGACGUGAGGAAUGAGGAUGGAAAGACAAAGACGGACACACAAACUGACCAGGAGAGAAAAGGACUUGAAGACAGACAAGACAAGGAGAAGAUAGAUGAUACGAGGACAGACGAUGGGAAGAAAGAAGACAAGGAGACCACUAUGGACAAGAACAAGGAUGAAAAGUACAAGGAGAGGAAGAAAGACAAAAAAGAGAUUCAGAAAUACUCAGCAGCGUCCCUAUGCAGCAUCUCCACUGAGGUUCUGAAGGUGCUUAAUGCCACUGAGGAGCUCCUCCAGGGGGUGGAGGGUCGGGAGAGUCGCAGACCUCCCGCCUCGUCUUUGCCUGCCAAUGCUGACCCCAAGAAACUAGACCAGCGUUUCACACAACUGGAAGAGAAAGUGUACGUGGCAGCCGGGUCAGUGUACGGGGUGGAGGCGGAGCUUAGCGACCUGGAGGAGCGGGCCAGGGAUAUCAGCAGCGCCACGUCCGACACGGAGCUGUCCUUCCUGGAGGAGCAGGUGGCGUCGGCCGCUGCUCGGGUGCAACAGUCCGAGCAACAGAUCAGCGACAUCUCCGCCAGGAUCGCCGCCCUGAGGAGCGCCGGUCUCAAUGUGGACCCGCGGUCCCGCGUGGCCAAGACCACCACGGUCCCAGUCAUGCCUUUUACCCUGAACUCGUCCAGACAGCAGAGGAGACGACUGCCUGCACUCCCACGUAGAGAAGACAAGAAGAGCUCACCUUGAAGAAACGUCGGCAGUUUUAAAAGUGCCUUCAGUCAUCACUUGCAGGUUUAGUCUAACAUGCAACAUAUAAGUAUUAUAAAGUGUAUCAAUAAUCUUCAUAUAGUUUAGAAAUGAUGACUUUCCGGAAGAAAAGAACAGCCAAGACAAAUGUACAGUAUAUGUGUACACUUAAUAUCUUUGUGAGCAUUUAUAAUAUAGUAGUGUACAUACAGUAUCUGGGCAGCAGUCAGUAUAUUGCCAAAAGUAUCCAAAUGAUGAGAAUCAGGUGUCCUAAUCACAGGUGUAUCAAAUCAAGCACUUAGGCAUGGAGACUGUUUCUAUAAACAUUUGUGAAAGAAUGGGCCGCUCUCAGUGAUUUCCAGCGUGGAACUGUCACAGGAUGCCACCUGUGCAACAAAUCCAGUCGUGAAAUUUCCUCACUCCUAAAUAUUCCAAAGUCGACUUUAUUAUAAGAAAAGUGAAGAGUUUGGGGAACAACAGCAACUCAGCCACCAAGCGGUAGGCCAGGUAAACUGACAGAGAGGGGUCGGCGGACGCUGAAGCGCAUAGUGCAAAGAAUUUCUGCACAGUCAAUUCCAAACUUCAUGUGACCUUCCAAUUCGCCCACGUACAGUACGCAGGGAGCUACGUGGAAUGGGUUUCCAUGGCCGAGCAAAUGUAUCUAAGCCAUGCAUCAGGUGUGGGAUGCAGUGGUGUAAAGCACGUCGCCACUGGACUCUAGAGCAGUGGAGACGCCUUCCCUGGACUGAUGAGUCCCGCUGUUAGAAUAAUUAUGUGUAAGUUAUCACAACAUACCCGGUGAGCAGACAAAAGCUAUCUUUGUUGAACCAAGCAAAAGGCUUGGAAAAUGCCACUGUGUAUGAUGGGAGGAGACAGGAGGGGGUUUAUCUAUUGUGAUCCAAGACUUGCCCAAGCUCGAUCCAGGACCAGUCCAAGCACGAGGCAUCUUUUUCUUUUGUGUUAAUGUGACCGAAAACAAUGGCUGUUUACAUGCCCCCCAUUCCUUUGAAUAGGGACUAUCCAAAUAAAGGGGGAGACGUGAACCUUUUUUUGUUCGAGCGUUAAUGACACUGUACAAGGGUACAGAUGUACACGUUUCUCCUCGCUGAGCCAAAUUGAAUUCUGUCUCUUGUUUGAUUCUUUGCUUCCUGUCUGUUUUAAUAGAUGUCAUCGAUGUUUAAACCUGACACCCGCUUUUCCAUCUGGCAAUCUGAUGGACCAGUCUGGGUUUGGAGGUUGCCAGGAGAACGCUACAUUUCCGACUGCAUUGUGCCGAAUGUGAAAUUCGGUGGAGGAGGAAUUAUGUCACCGAUUCUGUUCAUAAAUUUUAUGGACAGAAUUUCUCUCGGCUAUUUGCAGAUGAUGUGGUCCUGAUGGCUUCAUCUGGCCAGGAUCUUCAGCUCUCACUGGAUCGGUUCGCAGCCGAGUGUGAAGCGACUGGGAUGGGAAUCAGCACCUCUUAAGUCCGAGUCCAUGGUUCUCGCCCGGAAAAGGGUGGAGUGCCAUCUCCGGGUUGGGGAGGAGAUCUUGCCCCAAGUGGAGGAGUUCAAGUACCUCGGAGUCUUGUUCACGAGUGAGGGAAGAGCGGAUUGUGAGAUGGACCGGCGGAUCGGUGCGGCGUCUUCAGUAAUGCGGACGCUGUAUCGAUCUGUUGUGAUGAAGAAGGAGCUGAGCCGGAAGGCAAAGCUCUCAAUUUACCGGUCGAUCUACGUUCCCAUCCUCACCUAUGGUCAUGAGCUUUGGGUUAUGACCGAAAGGACAAGAUCACGGGUACAAGCGGCCCAAAUGAGUUUCCUCGGCCGGGUGGCGGGUCUCUCCCUUAGAGAUAGGGUGAGAAGCUCUGUCAUCCGGGAGGAGAUCAAAGUAAAGCCGCUGAUCCUCCACAUGGAGAGGAGCCAGAUGAGGUGGUUCGGGCAUCUGGUCAGGAUGCCACCCGAACGCCUCCCUAGGGAGGUGUUUAGUGCACGUCCGACCGGUAGGAGGCCACGGGGAAGACCCAGGACACGUUGGGAAGACUAUGUCUCCCGGCUGGCCUGGGAACGCCUCGGGAUCCCCGGGGAGGAGCUGGACGAAGUGGCUGGGGAGAGGGCAGUUUGGGCUUCCCUGCUUAGGCUGCUGCCCCCGCGACCCGACCUCAGAUAAGCAGAAGAUGGAUGGAUGGAAUUAUGGUAUGGGGUUGUUUUUCAGUAGCUUGGCCCCUCAGUUCCAGUGAAAGGAACUUUGAAUGCUCCAGGAUACCAAAACAUUUUGGACAGUUCCAUGGGAUGGCACUUCAAGGUCAUAUGUGAGUCAAGGCAGGUGGCCAAAUACUUUUGGAAAUAUGUCGUUUUUCUGAGAUGCGGAAAAUAAAAAUGGAGACCAUCUAUCUGCACUUUUGACCCGGUGAACCCCCGUUCGCCCUGCACAUGAAGGAAUUCAGUCUGUAUUUUGGAAAAGAGGAAAUAACACCUGGCCAAGACAUUCCGCCGUGUGAGGAAGUUUCCUGGCCGCUGACACAUAACAGCGAUCUCGGGGAGAAAAUAGCCAAAAGUGGUAGACUUCUCUCUCGCCCGCUGUAAACACCAGCAAACCACUUUGAGUCAAAACAAGAUUAUUUUGUCCCGACGGACACAUUUUAAAAGCAAACGUCCCGAGCAAACGUUAACAUGAAGCCGCAUGACAAAUACUGUGCUGCUUUCCUCAUAGAGGCAUCCACGUCUUCCUCUCUGCACGGCGUAACGAGAGAAAAUGUCCCUAAGCAUUCUGGGAGGUGUAGUCUUGGUCAGGAGCUCUCCCGGCUGAGGAAACGCUCCCUGGGGUCCGGGACGAUAAAUCCUUCCUUCUGGUCGCUCUCUCGCCUGAUCGUCAUGACGAACGAUUGUUUGGGGUCGAUGACGGCCGCACCGUCUUUGUCCCGCCGGCCCAGAUUCUCUACCUCGGCGUAAGACGGGUGACCGGAGCCCCGUCGGAACUUCAUGGUGGGCCAACUGGCCGGGCGACGCUGCGAACACAGACGUGCGACAUCAUUUGCAUUGAAUCCUGGCUUUUGGCAAUUUUGCAAUCAUUUCGAUGCAUCGUACUGUACUGUUGACCCUUUUGUUAGCAUUACACUUGCACCGUUUAAUGACAACUGGGGUUGCAAAAUUCCGGGAAUAUUCAAAAUUGUAAACUUUCCAUGGGAAUUAACAGGAAAUUAAUGGGAAUAAACAUUGAAUGCAACAUGCUAGAUCUUGCAGCAUGAUUAUUAGCUAAAAC